GUAAGAGUUAAUAAAUCCGGAUUUGUACUACCACCAUACAAACCCUCGCCCCAUUUCUCCCCUCUCCCAAUCUCGCUCUGUGCCAGUGUCUACCGAAGCUUUUCGAUUUCGAAACCCUAACAACGAAUCUCUCUCUCGAGCUUCCGUUCGUUUCAAUCUCCUUCUUAAUUUUAUUCUCCUUCUCAUCCGUCAAUCUCCAAACGGAUCCUCUCUCAUUGACCGUUCGAUGGCUGAAGGCAAGCUUGAUCUUCCCGACGAUCUUCUCUCCUCCAAACACUCUGAUCAUUCUUGGACCUCUAAAGUGGAAUUUUCUGGAGGGAAUGGUGAAGAUAAGAUGACCGGUUAUGAUUCCAAAGAUCAAGCAGCGUUGGACAACAGCAUCCCCUUGUCUCCUCAGUGGCUCUAUUCUAAACCAGGCGAAAGUAAGAUGGAAAUGCGGGCACCAAGUUCUCUCUCCCUUGGGAGUUCUGCUGAUUUGGGUUUGAAGGAGGCUUGGCGUGCGGAAGGAUCCGAUGACAAGAAAGAUUGGAGGAAGUCUGGAAGUGAGACAGAAAGCGGGAGGCGCUGGCGUGAAGAAGAAAGAGAAACAGGAUUACUUGGCAGCAGAAGAGAGCGCAGGAAAACCGAUCGCCGUGCUGAUGUGGCGCCCGACAACAGAGCUCCUUCCUCUGACAAGUGGCUUGAUGUGGGUAACCGUAAUUCUGGGAACGAGGCAAGGCGUGAUAGCAAAUGGUCAUCCAGAUGGGGCCCAGAUGAAAAAGAAAAGGAGAAGAGGACAGCAGAUGCAGAGAAGGAAGAUGAGUCUCACUCUCAAGGAAAUGCAGGCAGAGUGGUCUCUGAGCGUGAUCCUAUUCCCGAAUCACGUGAUAAAUGGAGGCCACGACAUAGAAUAAUGGAGGCAAGUUCUGGUGCCUUUCGGGCUGCACCUGGAUUUGGGGUUGAGAAAGGAAGGGUCGAGGGAUCAAACUCAAACUCAAACUCAAACCCAAACAUGGGGUUUACUGUUGGACGUGGAAGAUCUAGUGCUACUGUUGCUGUAAGGCCUUCAUCUCCAGGUUCCAUCGAGGGUGUGCCUGGAAAGCCUCCUGGGGUUGGGGAUAUGUUUUUCUACCCAAGGGGAAAGCUUCUUGAUAUAUACCGCACACAGAGACUCGACCCUUCUUUUGGUAACAUGCCUGAAAAGAUUCAGGAAGUACCUUCUAUCACUCAAGUAGCUGCACUGGAACCUCUUGCUUUUGUUGCUCCUGAUGCAGAAGAGGAGGCCAUCCUUGGUGAUAUAUCCAAGGGAAAACUCACUGGUAGUGAGUUGGUGGCCAAUAGAUCGAGAAUUAUCGGGUCAUCUGAGAACAUUACAGAUGUCUUGGAUUUAACAUCCACCAAUGGGAAAGAUUGCGAUGAUAUGAUUGACCCAAGUCAAAAUACUUCACUCUUUGAUAGCCAAAGAUCAACAACAAAAGAGGGUCGAGAUGCUAAUCAGGAUCGAGAGCAAGGAGUCCCUCAGAUGGAAUCAUAUGAACUGCAAAACACCAGUAUUGUUGACCGUGGUCAAGAUAAAGCUUCUAAUUUUAACGGUCCAGAUUUGGGUUCUAUGGGGCAUCAUCCGAUGGAUAACUUCCAGCCAUCUUCGUUUGAUAUCAAUUCAAAUCUUGUUAAUGAUUCAAACUCUGUAUUUGUUGAUCCAUCUUCUGAGCAAUAUUGGGCAAGAAAUAUGCAGGAUAAUACAAGCGAACAGUUAACAAGUGGCAUCAUGCCUGAGGAGUUGAGUCUUUACUAUCGUGAUCCUCAAGGGGAGAUCCAGGGACCAUUUCUUGGGGUAGACAUCAUCUCAUGGUUUGAGCAAGGAUUUUUCGGGGCAGAUCUACCAGUUCGAGUGGCAGAUGCACCAGAUGAAGCUCCUUUCAUGGAAUUAGGUCAUGUUAUGCCACACUUGAUUCCCAGGCAUGAUUACACCACCAGCAAUGAUCCAAGUCCCAACUUGGACAAGUCGUCUGAUGGUUUCCAAGGGAACCUUGAUGCUAAUGUCGUCUCUGUACCUGCUCCUGUUUCUGAAAUGGGCUUUUUGUCUGCAUCAGAUAAUCAAGCCAGAAUGCCUGAGCAUUUUUACUCAGAGGGUCAAAGCUUUCGUGAAGAAGAAAUUGUUUUCCCAGGAAGACCAGGCAGCAGUGACUCUGCAGUAAAUUUUAUGAACAACCACACCGUUCCUGUGCCAACUGAUAAUAAAAUGCAUCCGUUUGGAUUGCUAUGGUCUGAGUUAGAAGGAUCAAGUUUAAGGAACGAUCCGCAAUCUAGGACAUCUUUGUCUGGUGGUAUCCAGCAGCAAUUUGUGAAUUCACCAAGUCAGAGAUCAUCUCAUUUCAACACAAUCCCCGAUGCUGAGGAAUGGUCUGAUAUCUAUAGAAGAAAUGCCAUGGAUCAAGAGACCACUGAGUUUGAUUUAUCAGAGAAACUCAGGUCUCACCAAAUUCAACAACAGUUGCUCCAACAGCAUAAUAUGCUCAAUUCUCAUCAUCAGUUGAAUGAAUCAAUGCUGGAUCAUGUUCAAGUUCGACCUCCUAUAAACCUAAAACAGUUUUCAGGGCAAGGAGUGGAUCACCUGGUGGCACUGCAGUUGCAGCAGCAGCAGCAGAGGCGGAUUGAGCUUCACCAGCAGCAACAAUUGCAAUUACAGCAGUUGAAUCAACAGCAAAUGCUGCUCAAGGAACAGCAAUCACGACAGUUGCUUCUUGAACAAUUGGCCCAAAAUCAGAUGCGUGCAGCGCAAGCACAGGCACAAUCACGUGUGGAUGCUGCAAGAUCAAAUAAUGCACUUGAUCAGAUUCUUCUCAAACAUCAGAUCUUGAAUGAACUUCACCAGCGUUCACAACAUGUGGAUCCAUCAUCAAUAGAGCAUCUGAUUCAAGCAAAGUAUGGUCGUCAAGGUCAAGGUCAGGGGCAAGGGCAUCCAAACGAGCUGUUGGAGCUCAUUGCACAUGCGAAGCACGGCCAGAUGGAACAUCACAUGCUUCAGCAGGAGCAGUUUCAGGGAAGGCAGCAGCUGCCUUUGCCUUUGGGUUUGGGUUUAAGGCAGAGGAUGGAGAUGGAGGAAGAGAGGCGUCUUGGUUCUGUCUGGCCUGGGCCUGUUGAUGAAACCACUCAGUUUCUAAGAAGUGCUGGUGGGCUUCACCGAGUCAACUCCAGUGGCCUCAGUCCUUUAGAUGUUUAUCAGCAACAACAGAGGCUAUCUCCAGAUGAGUUGAGUCAUCUUUCAAUGCAAGAGAGACUUCAGCAGCGCUCGUUGCGUAUGCCAGGUGGUGGUCCUGCAAUGAACCUUGAUGUUAAUUCCAUGGGUCGAGUUAAUCAGAAUAUGCAGGAGUUCAAUUCUCCGCUGCACCACGGUGGUGCUGCUAAUCAGCAUCCGUUAGCCUCAAACCGCUUCCAUCCCUCUCAAAUGGGUGCGGAGGGACACAUGGCAAAUGAGUGGAUUCAGCAGCUGCAUAUUGAUAAUGAAAGGCAGAAGGAAGUGAGAAGGAUUUCUGAAGAUCCGAGUGUGUGGAUGUCUGCUGGAAGCAAUGAUGAUCCUUCAAAGAGGUUGCUUAUGGAACUGCUUCAGCAGAGUCAGAACCCCCCAACAGAGAAUCGGUCUAGUAGUGAAGAGGCAUUAGCAUUGGAUGUGAGUAAUAAUAAUAAUAAUAGUAGUAGGGAAAGGGCAUUUGAGGGGAUUGGUGUUGGUUAUGGAUUUAACUCGGUGAACAGACCACAGGGACGGUUGGUGGGUUUGGGUGAGGAGACAAUAGUUGGGGAGGGUAGAGUGCAUACUAGACCUGGAGCAGUACCAUUCUUUUCUGAGACUCAGGAAGCAGUCUAUACAAAUUCCAACAUGCAGGGAAACAGAAAAGUACCUAAAAGUGACAUGAUGAUGCGUGUAGCCGCAGAAACUCAACAAGGUGGUGUUGCUGGGGAAAUGCCAAAUAAUUUUGCAGGUGGGAAUAAAAGCUUGUACAAUGAGUCUUUGGCAGCAGGAGGAGGAGAGGGUCAAGACAGGGGGUCGAAAAGGUGUAGUAGUAGUAGUAGUGAUAAUAUAAAUAUAUUGGUGAGACGUCCUUCAUCAUCAUCAUCUCAUGAAGGGGGGUUAUGUGAGGUGGAUUCAACUUUCAGAGAAAGAGAAACUAGGGAGAACAUGAUGAUGAUGGUAGGUGGUGGUGGGUUUAGGCGGACAUCAUCAUUGAGUGAUGCAUCAGUGGCAGUAUCAGAGACAGCAUCUUUUAGCGACAUGCUUAGAAGCAAUAGUAAUAAUAAUAAUGAUAAUAAUCAUCAUCAUCUUAUCAGGAAGCCACCCUCACCAGAUCCAGAGGGUGCAGCAGCAGAGGGACAUAAUAGCAAAACUGGUGGUGGUGGUGGGAAAAAGAAAGGCAAAAAGGGGAGGCAGAUCGACCCGGCUCUGCUUGGGUUUAAGGUUACCAGCAAUCGUAUUAUGAUGGGAGAGAUCCAACGCAUUCAAGAUUGA